GACUCAGAUUUCCUAUUGGCUAUAUCGCUGAGCCCUAUUUUAACCAAUCAUGUAGUUGCUUUUACUAUCCAGGAACCGAUUAUAAAAGCAGCCAUGCUUUACCAGGUUUAGUACUUUGGGUUGUCUUGCUGCUUUGUCAAUAAUGUCUGGACGCGGCAAGCAGGGCGGCAAGGCUCGCGCCAAGGCCAAGACCCGCUCGUCCCGCGCCGGCCUGCAGUUCCCCGUGGGCCGCGUGCACCGGCUCCUCCGCAAGGGCAACUACUCGGAGCGGGUGGGCGCCGGCGCCCCGGUCUACCUGGCGGCCGUGCUGGAGUACCUGACGGCCGAGAUCCUGGAGCUGGCUGGCAACGCGGCCCGCGACAACAAGAAGACGCGCAUCAUCCCGCGCCACCUGCAGCUGGCCAUCCGCAACGACGAGGAGCUCAACAAGCUGCUGGGCCGCGUGACCAUCGCGCAGGGCGGCGUCCUGCCCAACAUCCAGGCGGUGCUGCUGCCCAAGAAGACCGAGAGCCACCACAAGGCCAAGGGGAAGUAAUUUGACAACCAACCAUCAAAACUCUAGGAAACUUCAAACCCAAAAGGCUCUUUUCAGAGCCCCCA